AUUCUCUUCGUCAAGAACCUCAGCUACAACGUCACUGCAGAAGAGCUUUUUGACCUCUUUGGGAAAUUUGGCCCUAUCCGCCAAAUCCGUCAGGGGAUUGCAAACAACUCGAAGGGAACCGCCUUUGUCGUAUAUGAGGACGUGAUGGAUGCAAAACAGGCCUGCGACAAGUUGAACGGUUUCAAUUUCCAGAACAGAUACCUUGUUGUUCUAUAUCACCAGCCAGAGAAAAUGGCCCGUUCGAAAGAGGACCUCGCCGAGAGACAAGAGAAUUUAGAGCGUCUGAAGCAGCAGCACGGGAUAGAAUAA